CCAGGGCCAUACUCGUGUCCGCAAAUCAACUUGUCUCUUUUCUUUCUUCACCCUUUUGUCAAACUUGUAUAGGGGUGUGGUCAACCAUUAUCUAUCUGCCCCUUUUUAUGCUCUGUAUUCUUCCUUCUCCAGCAAUUCAUUAACUGCUACGAUUGGGACAACAUUCUCAGUUUCCUUAAUUAUGCUUCUCUCACUCUCAUUUCAUUACUAAAUGAAGAGUACUCACCUGCCUUAUCUGGUCUUGCCUUCUUCGGUUUCAAUCCAGUUGAGCACCCUUCGACUUUGGUUAUCUGGGUCAAUUCUUCGGGUGGCUGUGCUUGAAUUUAUGUCCACGGUUUUUGACGCUGUUCAUUGGCUUUGAAAUCUGAACAAAGAAGAUUCCGGCGGGAGGUGAAGAUUUUUGCGUCUGUAAAUUUAUCUUUGCUCGUGUUCAUAUUUGCCCCUGGCACUUGUCAGCUGUCUCUCUCGCGGUCGGUGACGGACACGAUUUCGUUUUCUUCAAGGCAAGCUUCAAGUUCCAAUAGGCACUGAAAAGUAUCUCUUCUUCAAACCUUCGGAUCUUCUUUUCUCUGCUCAGAAUACGAUUUCGACAGUUUUGUUCCCGGUUCGCGACUUUAAAUUUCCCUAAAUAGUAACAGCUUUUCGGAGACUUGUAAUAGGAGCCAUGAAAAAAACCUGGUCUUUCAUCCAUAUCAUCGGCGUUCUUGGCCUGUCUAGUCUACUCUUGUCUGAAAUCUGUCUGGCUGGCAUUCAGAGCAUCGGCUCUAUCACUCCAGGAUUUCAAGGCACUCAAAUGAAUUGGAUUGACAAAAACGGCAUGUUUCUCGUGUCAAAUAAUGGAGAAUUUAUGUUUGGCUUCAUCACUACCCCGAACGACAACUCAUUAUAUCUUCUAGUAAUCGCCCACGGUGACAACUCCAAAGUUGUUUGGACGGCAAACAGAGGCCUCCCUGUUAGUAAUUCUGAUAAUUUUGUGUUCGACAAAACCGGUAAUGUCUUUCUACAGAAAGGAAGCGAUGUGGUUUGGUCUACAGAUACGAAGGGCAAAGGGGUUUCUUCAAUGGCAUUACAGGACACAGGAAACUUGGUGUUGCUUGCUGACGAUAAUAGUACAAUUUGGCAGAGUUUCGGCCAUCCAACUGACACCUUAUUGUCAAUGCAGGAAUUCAAAGAGGGCAUGAAACUUAUCAGUGAACCUGACCAAUAUAACUUAACCCACGUUCUGGAGAUCAAAUCUGGUGAUUUUGUUCUCUCUGCUGGUUUUCAAAACCCACAGCCUUAUUGGUCUAUGCAGAACGAGGACCGCAGAAUCAUCGAUAAAGAUGGUAACGCGGUGGCUUCGGCCUCCAUUAGCGCAAAUUCGUGGAGGUUCUAUGAUAAAAAUAAAUCUUUGUUAUGGCAGUUCAUUUUGGCUGAAGAUUCAUCAGGCACAAAUUCCACUUGGGCUGCUGUUCUGGGAAGUAAUGGUUUCAUCACUUUCUCUAAUCUCGACAGUGGAAGUUCAAAUAAUCCCUCGCCAACAAAAAUCCCAAAAGAUUCUUGCAGCACACCUGAACCUUGUGGUCCUUAUACCAUAUGCACGGAUGAUAACAAGUGUCGUUGCCCUUCGGCUCUGAGAUCUCGCGCCAAUUGCAAACCAGGGAUUGUCUCUCCUUGCGAUGGCUCAAAUGGAUCCGCGGAGCUUGCGGAAGGUGAUGAUGGGCUUGGUUACUUCGCUCUUGGAUUCCUUUCACCAUCCUCCAAAACUGAUUUGGAUGGCUGCAAAUCUUCCUGCCUGGGAAAUUGCUCAUGCCUUGCUAUGUUCUUCCACAACAAUUCAGGGAACUGUUUCAUGUUGGAUAGUAUAGGAAGCUUUGAGAGUUCUGACACAGAUUCAGGUUUUGUUUCUUACAUUAAGGUCUCGAGUAACGGAGGAUCUGGCUCUUCAGGAGGUGGAAGCAGCAAGAAGCACACUGUGGUGGUUGUAGUUAUUGUCAUAACAACUUUGCUUGUCAUUUUCGUUUUGUUCUAUGUGGGACUUAGAUACUACAGAAGAAAGCAAAAAUCGCCUGAGUCUCCAAGGGGGAGUUCAGAAGAGGACAAUUUCUUGGAGAAUCUUACUGGUAUGCCUGUCCGUUUCAGCUAUAAAGAACUGCAAACAGCUACUAAGAACUUCUCUGAGAAGCUAGGGCAUGGAGGUUUUGGCUCAGUUUAUAAAGGAGUUCAACCAGAUGGGACUCUAUUAGCUGUGAAGAAGCUGGAAAGCAUAGGCCAAGGGAAGAAAGAGUUCAGGGCUGAAGUUAGCAUCAUUGGCAGCAUUCAUCAUCUUCAUUUAGUUCGGCUUAAAGGAUUCUGUGCUGAAGGAACUCAUCGCCUUCUUGCUUAUGAGUUUAUGGCAAAUGGCUCAUUGGAUAAAUGGAUAUUCAAGAAAAACGGAGAAUUAUUGUUGGAUUGGGAUACGAGGUUUAAUAUAGCUUUGGGCACAGCAAAAGGGCUUGCGUACCUGCACGAGGAUUGCGAUUCAAAGAUUGUUCACUGUGACAUCAAACCAGAAAAUGUUCUUCUUGAUGAGCAUUUCCUUGCGAAAGUUUCAGACUUUGGGUUGGCUAAACUCAUGACUCGCGAACAAAGCCAUGUUUUCACAACACUAAGGGGAACCAGGGGAUAUCUUGCACCAGAAUGGAUCACAAACUAUGCCAUAUCGGAGAAAAGCGAUGUGUAUAGCUAUGGGAUGGUGUUGCUAGAGAUAAUUGGUGGUAGGAAAAAUUAUGACCCUAACGAGUCUUCAGAGAAAUCCCACUUCCCAACCUUUGCUUACAAGAUGAUGGAAGAAGGGAAGUUAAAAGAUCUUCUUGAUUCAAAGUUGAAAAUAGAUGAGAAUGAUGAAAGGUUUCAUAUUGCCAUCAAAGUUGCAUUGUGGUGCAUACAGGAAGAUAUGUCUCUAAGGCCUUCCAUGACCAAAGUGGCUCAGAUGCUUGAGGGUCUCUGUACUGUUCCUAAGCCACCAUCGUCUUCUCCAAUGGGUUCUCGCCUGUACUCGUCUUUCUUCAAAUCUAUGAGUGAAGGUGGCACCUCCUCAGGACCAUCAGAUUGCAAUAGUGAUGCAUAUCUUUCAGCAGUUAGGCUUUCGGGACCAAGAUAAAAUUGUACCUUUUUCUGGUUUUGUUGAGCCAUUCUUGUAUAUGGUUCCACAGUAUUUUUGUAUACUUUGGUAGUUACUCGAAUUUUGUAAUGUGAAUUCCCACUCAUCUAACACAUUAUUGCUUUGUGCGCUG